AUGGCGAGCCUAGGCCCUGAAUUCGGGCACCGAUUUGCCGUAGAGACAUGGACGCUCUAUGCGGUGGGAGUGAUGAGUGUGGUACUGCGAUUCAUUGCUCGUAUUCGUCGAUUGGGAGCCCAGAACCUCCAGGCAGAUGACUACUUGAUGAUCUUCGCCGUUGUCUGGUACACGAUCCUAUGUGUUGCCUUGAACCAGGUGGCCUCGGGCGGCGGGUCGAAUCUCAUGGACGAGGCGGCCAUCGAGGCUCUGACGCCGGCGAUUAAAAAGGAGCGUAUCCGGGGAAGCAAAUGGGUGUUUGUCUCGGAACACUCAUUCAUCCUGUCCAUCUGGGCCAUGAAGGGCUGUAUGCUGGUGAUUUACGCUCGUCUGACCGAGGGCCUCCACCAGCGGCGCUGGAUCAACUGGUGCUCCAUUUACGUCGCAUGCGGCUUUGUGGGCACCGAGCUGUCGCUGUUUCUGAUCUGCCGGCCCCUGUCCCAGUACUGGGCAGUGCCGGCGUCGAACACGCAGUGCUCGACGUACCAGUACUACGAGAUCGUACAGGGGUGCUUCUCCAUCUCUGCCGACAUUCUCAUGCUGAUGGUGGCGAUCCCGCUGCUGAUGCAGGUGCGCGUGCCGCUCAAGCAGAAGCUGAUCCUCCUGCUGCUCUUCGGCAUGGGCGUCUUCGUGAUUGUCGCCGCGGUGCUCAACAAGCUCUACUGUCUCGUUCCCUCCCUCAUCUCAUACGUCUAUAUGAACUGGUACUUCCGCGAAGUCACCGUCGCCAUCCUUGUCACCAACCUGCCGCUCAUCUGGUCCCUGCUACGCGACGUCUUCCCCGCCAUCAAGAGCUGGUCGGGCGGUUCCAAGCGCGGCACGUCCUCCCGCUAUCACACCUCCGCACCCUGGACCUCCAAGGGCUCCGCUGCUGCCCGUCGAUAUGCUGGCAACAGCACCACAACCACCACCCACGCGGGGGGGCUCCACAGCCAGAUCGACAUCGAUCUACCCGAGUAUAACAGACCUAGCAUGGGCAAUCAAACAGGUGUUUCGAAACAACAACAGCCCGACGAGGUCAGCGACGAGGAUGAUAGCUCCGCGCGCGCCCUUCGUAUCCACAAGAACGUCACUGUCACCGUCGAGCGGGAGUUGGAGCCUGAGACGUGGGGGGAGAGCACCAGGCCACAUAGUACUAAUUCCACCUAG